AUGGCUUUCAAAUCAUUCAUAUACUCCAAAGGUUAUCAUCGUUCCGCCGCUCAAAAGAAAACUGCAACAUCUUUUUUCGAUAGCUCCUACCAGUAUCUAAGGCAAAACCAAGGUUUGGUAAAUUCGGAUCCCGUACUUCAUGCAUCUCAUCUACAUCCUCAUCCAGUCGUAGUGGCGAAUGUGAACUAUAACAACGUAGAUGAUAUUUUGCAUUUGCACGACCUGGAUUCUUGCAUAAACAGCACUGCCAACCCUCUGACCCACGAAGAAUUACUUUAUAACCAAAACGUUUCUCUUCGAUCGCUGAAGCAACAGCAAAGUGCCAACAACGUUAAUAACAGCAACACCCAACACAGGUACUAUUCUACCGGUCCCACUCUGCCAACAAACCAGUAUGACCCCUUGAACUUUAGUAAUAGAAACUUUCAAGAUCUAUCAUUAAAAACACCACAACAAUCAGCGCAACAGCAACAAUCAGUGCAACAGCAACAAAACGAGUACAGCCUUUUCAAAGAUGAAAAUGCUCCCGUUUGGAAAGAAGACGCAGAACCAUGCUUGAAUAAAUCUACGUAUUUGCAAACUCAUGUUGACGAAAUUAAUCGUUGUUAUGAACAAAAAAAGUAUAACAAAAUCAACUCUUUAUAUCAAUCGUUGAAAAGAAAUGAUAUCGUUCCACCAUUAGAGAUUUUUACGAAGGUUUUGGAUUCUCUUUGCAAGAGGCCGCUGGAUAACAAUGAUUUAGACAACAAAAUGUACGAGCUAUUAACGUGCUACCAAGAUAUGAUCAACAAUAGAUUGAAACCCCCUGAUGAAAUCUAUAAUAUUGUACUAUUGUCUCUCUUCAAAGGGUCUAUUUUAGCCUAUCAGUUCAAAAAUCCAAACGGUAAUGAUUUUUACAAAAUCGCCAUUGAAUUAUUCAAUACAACUACCAAUGAUCCAAGGCAAAAAAGUGUGGUAAAGUUCCGCAAUUUUUCAAAAGAUGUUCUUGACUACAAUCUUUUAGCGAUGAACAUUUAUCCGGGCCAUAUCACCCUGUCAAAAGCCCAACAAGUCAUAAAAUCUUCACCAGCUUUUGUCAAGGAUUCGUUUUACUUUAUAGCAUGCUUCUCAUAUGCCAAGUUAACAAAUGAUAAGUUUGCCAUUAAAGAACUUUAUGAAGAUUUUAGACUAUCGUUGUCAUCUGGCAGUCCAAACCAAAGUUUAUUUGAUGACCAGUUCGAAAUUUAUAGCGUAAUUCUUUCUAGUUUCAUUGAAACCGGCGAAGUUGAACUGGCUACCAACCUUUUGGACGAUCUGGUUUCCAAAAUUCAAAGCUCAAAUGGCCUCGCUUCUAACAUUUCUUUACUAUUAUCGAGUUUCCUAAUUUCGAUGAGUAAAGUAGACUCUUCCAAGGCUUAUGAAAUAUGGUUCAAGUUCCAUGAAUUGGAUUGGAUACCUGAGUUCUCUUACGAAUUUUAUUUGGUUUUCAUGGCAAACAGUUUCCAGGAUUGGAAUUUGACUAAGAGAAUUUAUGACUAUAUCUUUCCUAUGGAAAGAAAUUUGUCUCCAUUGAAAAAGCAAAAAUUAUCGGAUUACUUACUAUAUCCAAUCGGUGUUGACUCCAUUACGACGUCUUUGUUAGAUUACUCUUUACAAUUGAAGGAUAAUGAAGUUAUCAUGAAAAUUUUAGAAGAAUCCAUUGUCAAAAAUUUUCCUUUUGAUAUUGGUAUUUAUCCAUUCGUCUUCAAUUAUUUGAGAGAAAUUCAAUGUGGCGAGGACUACCUUAUGAGGUUUAUUGAAUCGCACGCUGAGUUUAUUAAGAAGAGCAACUCUAUUAGCAAAUUUCAAUUUCUAAAUAUGAUAGUUGAUAAUUUUCAAUCGCAAUCAUUGUUAAACAAAAUAUCCCACGCAAAGUUUUUUAAGAACUUUGUAGAAGGUUUCAAUUUAGAAAAUUGCGAAAUGGUCAGCUAUAACGGGUUAAUAUCAUGCAUUAACAACUUUGUUCAAAUUCCAAAGACAAUAAAGGAUUUCCCAUACAUUCUGGAGAUCCAUGCCAUUUUGAUAACCAAAUUGUUUGAUUUUGACACUUAUCCAAUUUUGCAAAAUGGCAACAAUGAGGUUCUUUUGAAGUUUAGAGACCAAAUUGAACAUCAGUUUAAAAUGUUGGCUCAAAACUUUUGCAGAUUGAAUUUAGAUCCAAACUUGUUAGCCGGUGUCGUAUCUCAGGCUAUGAAAAUGGUCAACCUCGAUGACACCGCUAAUGGACAAGAUUUACUGAACUUUUUCAAUCAUCCAGGUGAUUGGGACAAAUCUUAUCCGUUAUCCUUAGGUUCGUUCAUCAGAAACUCUCCCAGAGGUGGCAUAAGGGAAUUUACUAAACUGAGCAAAGAAGGUUAUUGCUUCGAUUAUGAUACGUAUAAGGAAUUGAUCGUCAAAAAAGCUAUCAACAAAAAAGUUGUCGACAAAUGCUUAGAGGCAUGUCCUGAUUCAAUUGAACUGAAAAAUAUAGUGAAUUUGAUGAUUUCUAAAAUUCCUGGUAGGAACCUCACACAGUUGAUAAUCAAUAAUCCGAAAUUUAGCAAAGUUUUUGUGCCAAAUUUGAGGAAUGAUUCUAUGUUGAAAUUAAUCAAGAAUUGUGAAUCUUUAUCCAGUUUCAUAAGAGUCUGUAAUUUCCCGGAGAAUUUCAAGAGUAUUGCUAUUCAAGCUGAAAACAAAAAUGCUAUCGAGCUGAUUUAUGAAAGGAUGUUUGACGGUGGUAACUAUGCUGAUAUUUUAAGGCACAAUAACGUUGUUCCUGUUUUGAACUUGGAACUUUUAUUAAAAUCUUGUAUCAGGUCUGGUGAAUUCAAGAAAUAUGAAAAUCUUUCUGAAAAAUUCAAUGACAAAAUUAGUGAAUCAUCGAAAAUUGAUAUUCAGUUAGAAUAUUUAAUUAAUAAGAAUGAUUUAAAGGAGGCGUUCACGCUGUUUGAAAAGACCCCAAGGGAACUGAGAACCCCCCAUAAGACCAUGGACCUUUAUACAUUUGCAUUAUUUUUGGACAGUUUCAAUAGAAACAUCGCGUACUAUGAAAGUCCAGAAAAUACAUUACAAUUCGCCAAUAUUUUAUCCAGCCAAACAAGCUUCAUAAAUUUAUUAUCAACGUACAAUCUGAUUGCCCAUUCAGAUCAGCUUAUGAACUUUAACACCGGUGGAAUGGCGACAAAGGUCAAAAAGGAAAUUCUAACCCAAAUGCUAAACAAUCUGUAUGAUUCCAUCAGACUAUUGUCUCCUAGCAUGGAAAAUGACAAAUCAAUGAAAGAAAAGUUGAGAGAAAAAGUGAAAAACUACUGUAGAUUCAAAGCUUAUUUGAAGUCACCUGAAUUGGAUAUAGACGAACUAAAGACCUUGAUUUCGGUCGAGUCUUUUUUGAACCCUUUCACUCCUUCAAUGUUGUUCAAUAACUUGAUUGAAACUAUUUAUUUAAACGAACACGCUCCCUCGUUAGUCCUUCAAAACGGCUUGAUCUAUUCACUUCAACAAAAAGGUCUCAACAAGGUACUGGGUUAUCUAGAAGAAACCUUCACUACUAAUGAGAAUCAUGCUAGUAUUGAGAAGGUCAAGGAAUUCAGGUCCCUUCUAAAUAAGAGCAAGCCUCUUCAAGCAUGA